AUGGCAGAAGUUACAAGUGCAGACUACUCGAAACAAGGAUACCAUGAGAUUCCAAAGGCUGCAUAUGCUGCAUCCAUUAAUUGGCUGAUUCUGUCCGACAACAAAAUAAGAAGAAUUCCAGAGACAAUACGAGAGCUUAAGACGCUAAGUAGACUUGCACUAAACGAUAACAGGAUCGAAGAAAUACAUCCAGAACUGGGAUCUCUAUCUGGACUGACAUGGAUCGACCUUACAAGAAAUAGGUUAAAAACACUUCCGGACGAGCUGGCAAAUCUGAGAAAGGUCUCUGGCCUGGGACUCAGUGAAAACAAUUUUUCGGAAAUUCCCAGGUGCAUAUUUAAAAUGACAAAUCUAAGGAAGUUUGGUUUUUUUUCAAACAAGAUCCGGGAUAUUCCCAAGGAUAUUAGAUUGCUGAUAAAUUUAAUCAAGAUAGAUUUGUCAAACAACGAAAUUUCUGUGCUUCCUGAAGAGUUCUGCGAGCUAAGAAACCUGAACUGGCUAAACCUGUCGAAUAACAAGCUUCAAAAACUCCCUGACCGAAUAAAUAACCUAUUGCAGUUAGAAGAGCUCGGCCUGGGAUCCAACUGCCUCACUGAACUUCCAGAUAUCAGCAAUCUUAAGAGGCUCAGGAUACUGCCUGUGUUCAAAAACAAACUGGAAAUCAUCAACCAAAGCAUAUCGCAUCUGUGCAGCAUAGAAAAGUUGGACUUUAGUGAUAACUGCAUCUCUGAAUUCCCAAGCCAUAUAAUAACCAUCCCCACACUCAGGUACCUCAAUCUCAAAUCAAACAAAAUCAAAAAGAUCGAGCCAAACCAGUUUAGAAAUCACGUUUCAUCUAUUUCAAUAAUAGAUGUAAGCGACAAUCUGCUUUCAUGCAUUCCUUUGAAGUUCUUCAAGACAUUCCCAAAUAUCACAGUCAUCAGAGUCGGCGAUAAUCCGUUUAUUUAUCACGAAAACAAGCUUGCAUCAAAUCCUCGAUUGCUUGAGGUGUGCUACAGCAAAUGUCUAAAUAUGAAGUACAGAUGCGAUCCCUGGAUAUCACGGAGGUAUCCAGAUAUUAAAACAUGUGAUGUGUGUAACCAGUUGUUUACAAUGCAACCAUAUCUUGGCUAUAAUAUCAGUUCAAUAGGCGAUGGAAAUACAUUCGUGAUUGAAAAAAUGUUGUGUUCAUUCAACUGCUAUAACAAAGAAUACAAUAAACGUUGUUAA